CAGACGCCAGACAGGUCAUAAAUCGCGUCAAGCUGUAAUGCCGUCAUCUUGAUUACAAGAUACUGUGAGUGGUUUUGCUUUUUCUUGUCUUUCUUGCUCUUCUCAUCACGUGCGGCUGUGGUCUCCGCACUCCACCACCGAAUCUUUUACGAACUCUCAGUCUCCUUCCUCUAACCAGAUAUUCUGGGCCAGAAGAUCAAGAGCGCACUCGAGCUGUAAUAGAGCUCUUGCGGCUUCCCUUUGGUCGUCCAUUGCGACGCAGUUGCGCCGCUCCUCCAACCGGACCGGUUUUCCGCGCAUACCCCCCUCUACCCGAUCCGUCUUCCUCGCAAACAUCAUGAGCGUGCUCGCACCGUCCAACGAGCCUGGAAAGAGUCUCAGCCAAGAAGACAUCCAAGAACAACCCCGCGACAGCUCCAGCCAUGAUGCAAGCAGUCCAGACAAUGGCGACCUCGAAUCUGGCGACAUCGAUGUCGAACAGAUCGAGCGCAUCUACCGAAAAAUUGACUUUCGCAUCAUCCCCGCCUUUUGGGUCCUCUACUUCCUCUGCUCGGCCAUCCGCUCCAAUGUCGGCCUUGCGCAAACGAUGAACGCAGAAUCCGGGCAUGACCUUGGCUCCGUGCUCAAUCUUACACCACAUCAAGUCUCCACGGGUCUCGCCCUGUUCUAUGUCUGCUAUGUUGUGUUCGACUUGCCAUCGAACCUGGUCAUGACAAAGCUCAGCCCGCACGUCUGGAUGAGUCGCAUCGUUAUCGGGGUAGGAAUAAUCGGGAGCUGCAUGGCCGCCAUGAAGGCCGCCUGGAGUUUAUAUCUCCUCCGCCUCCUCCUCGGAAUCGUCAUCGCAGGCAUGUGGCCCGGAAUGGCCUACUACCUAACCCUCUUCUACCCACCCUCGCGCACUGGCAAACGCAUCGGCCAAUACUACACCGCAGCGCAACUCUCCGCCGCCGUCGUCGGUCUGGUCUCGGCCGGUUUCCAAAAAAUGGACGGCGACCACGGCCUCGUCGGGUUCCAAUGGAUGUUCCUCGUCUACGGCGUCAUCACCAUCGCCGUCGGCAUCGUCCUCCUCUGGUGGCUACCCGAUCGCCCCGUCGCACCAGGUCAGGAAGAAGCCGCCAAGCAGCGCAGUAAAUGGCUCCGCUGGUUCCCGCAGAGCCCGCCUGUCCUCACAGGCGAGGACGCCGAACUGCACUACCGCGAUCUAACCAGAGUCUAUAAACGCCCGCGCUGGACCCUCCGCAAUCUCCUCGCUGUCAUGCUCGACUGGCGCCUCUGGCCGCUCCUGCUCAUGUACUUCGGUGUCGUCGGCGUCGGCAUCGGCGUGCAGAACUACGCUACCGUUAUCAUCCGGAGCAUUAACCCCAGUUUGUCAGGCAUCGACCUGAGUCUUCUCACCGCUCCCAUAUGGCUUAUGGACCUAGCAGCUAUCCUCCUCGUAACCCCACUCUCCGACCGCUUCCACCACCACCGCGCAAUCUUCUUCUCGCUCGCCGCAUGCCUCCAAAUGCUUGGCCUCCUCCUAACAACCUACGCCGGCACAGACAGUAACUCCUGGCCCCGCUACGGCGGCCUCCUAAUCGUCGGGUUCGGACUCGGCCCUACAGUGCCCAUAACUAUGACCUGGACAACAGAGAUCUUCCAGCCGCGGCACGGCGAGGUCGGUGUUGCUGCUGCAUCGGCUGUUGUCUCGGGGUGGGGAAAUCUCGGCUCGAUCAUGACCACGUAUGCGCUGUAUGAGGGGUGGAGCGAAGAUGCGAAUGCACAAGGACGGCUGAAGUUCCGGAAGAGUAAUCUGGUGAUGGUGGGGAUUUUGGGGAUGAGUAUUCUUAGUGCGCUGUGUAUGCAUGUUGCUGUUAGGGUUUUUGAUGGCGGGGAUAAGACGGGGGGUGGGGAUGGGGAGGGGGGGAAGAUUGUUGAUGGCGCGGCGAGGAGGGAGGUGCAGCAGCGUGGAUUGGAUGGGUUGGGGAGUGGGUUGUUUAAGAUGUUUAGGGGUGGGAAAAGGACUGCCCGGCAGGGAUAGGUAGUUACGCUUUCCCUUGUCCUUCUUGGACGACUGAGGUUGCAUAUAUUUAUAUAUAUAUAUAACAUACUUAGAGCUAUAUAUAGCGAGGAAAAAGUAAUUCUAAUGGC